AUGGAAGAGCAUCAGAAGAUGCCGGCCGUGGAGGAUGUAACGAUUUCACCCUCCUCCGAAAAAGAAACCGGCCCCCCACUCUCACCGUCAGCGACAUCGCCCGCGAAAUCACUGCCGUCCUACCGACCCGGUUCGAAGGGAACCAUGACCGAAUCAUCGACUCCUCUCGGGCAAGUAAACGCCGCUCGACGCGGCGCAGGACCGCCCCCGCGGCCGAUCGCAUCUCUGGGUGGCCAGUCUGGUAGUUUGAAUCAAGACAUAAUGGCUAGAAUGAAGGCGUUUUCUCUGUCAAGGCAAGGCGCUCCGGCUGGUCUCCCACAGACUACAUCUUCUGGAGGCAUUCCAGCGUCGACACCAGGAACAGCCCCUUCCAAUGGGGUUGGGAGCCCUGCCCACGCGUCUCCUCACGCAGUGCCAGUUGGCGCUUUCACUGGAGGGCUGGCAGGACGGCUGCCCCCAGGCGGACGACCGCAGCCUCCAAAUUGGUCAUCUGCCCCGACUGUUCCCUCCACAAGCCCUCGGCCAGGUGGGCUGGCCGCCAAACGACUAAAGCCGGGCCUAAAGCUCUCAGAUGCUACCGCACCGUCGCCGGCCACGAGUACAUCGAUAGCAACAAGCGACAGUAGUGCCCGGGGAUCUGACGGCGCAACCGAGUCUGCCUUUAGCAAAUAUUCUGAAUUUAUCGAUACCAAAGCGGGUACCCUCAAUUUUAAGAACAAGGCGGUCAUUCACGGAAAUGGAAUCGAGUUCUCGUCCGGCCAGAGUUUCAGCAUAUCGUUGGAUGAAGUAGAUCGAUUAGAUGAGCUAGGGAAGGGAAACUAUGGCACUGUAUACAAAGUGCGACAUAGUCGGCCGCAUCUACGAAAACCAGGGCUUGGUCUGUCUGGGAUCGUGAGCCGACCAGCUGCGCCAAACGAUGGGUCAUCUCCCGUCCUGAAGCCUAACGACAACCUCACUGGAGUCGUUAUGGCUAUGAAAGAGAUUCGGCUAGAGCUGGACGAGAAGAAAUUGACUCAGAUCAUCAUGGAGUUGGACAUUCUUCAUCGAUGUGUAUCUCCUUUUAUCAUUGACUUUUACGGCGCCUUUUUCCAAGAAGGCGCGGUCUACAUGUGUGUGGAGUAUAUGGACGGAGGAUCUGUCGACAGGUUAUACAACGGCGGCAUCCCCGAGGAUGUUCUACGGAAAGUGACUCUUUCCACUAUCAUGGGUUUGAAGACCCUCAAAGAUGAUCACAACAUCAUCCAUCGUGAUGUCAAGCCGACCAAUAUUCUGGCCAACACAAGAGGGCAGGUCAAGAUUUGCGAUUUCGGAGUGAGCGGAAACCUGGUCGCAAGUAUUGCGAAAACGAACAUUGGAUGCCAAAGUUACAUGGCUCCGGAGCGAAUAGCUGGUGGAGGCAUGCAGCAAGCUGGAGCUACUGGCGGAGGAACGUACAGUGUACAGAGCGACAUUUGGAGUCUAGGCUUAUCGGUGAUUGAAUGCGCAAAGGGAAGAUAUCCAUAUCCUCCCGAGACUUACAACAAUAUUUUCAGUCAACUUCAUGAAAUUGUCCAUGGAGAACCCCCAACUCUACCCGACGAGUUUUCCGACAACGCAAAGUCAUUUGUCCGUGCUUGUUUACACAAGAACCCUAACAGUCGGCCAAACUACGCGCAAUUACUUCGAUAUCCGUGGUUGACUUCAUUGUUGGAGCCACCUCCAUCCCCCAGCCUCGAGCAAAAUGGCUCCUUGGACGAGUCAACUAAAGCAUAUCCCCAGCUUUUGCUUAAUGAAACCGAAGACCCCGAAGUGGCUACAUGGGUAUCUGGAGCUCUUGAACGUCGUCUUCAUAACAUUAUGGGCUCUCUUGAAAAGCCAGCGCUCCAUACGGUGGCGCUGGAUGCCGUUGGUGGAAGUCCUCUGCUGGAAGAUCCAUCAACGCUCCCACCCAUUAUGUGA